AUGUUCUUCAAUAUAUUUAUGACACCCAUCACUUGGUUCAAUCUUCUACUAUGCAUCGCUUCUGAUAAUGAAACUUUCCAUCUACCUAAUUUCGACACCGCUAAUGAAGUUAUUACAAAUAAUACUUAUUCUGGCAUCUCAGAUACCUUUGGAUUUCUCGAUUACCUCAAUUUUGAGCCAAUGUUUAGCUCAGAAUUUCCAUCCGAUCCUUCACAGUUCAUUGAUUUCGCUCAGUUGAGUGAAACUGAGGAUAUAAGCAGUAAAGAAUCGAAAUCUGAAACUAAUCAGAUCACAAAUUCUCCUCAUCCUGGCUUCUCCGAUAUCUAUGAUCCCUUCGGUCACACUAAUUUUGAGUUAUCACUUAGCUCAGAUAUGGACUCAUACAGGAAUCUGUGGAGAGAUACUAACGAAGAAUUAAAAACGAGUGAUGAUAACCUGCGAUAUCCUUCCAUUAGAGAUGCUCAGAAUGAAACUUCUUCCUCACUUAAUCUCAACAGCGAUGAUAUUAUCACAUAUAUGCACUUACCUGGCUCACAACAAAAUGCCGUUCCGAUUUAUUUUCACCAGCUUACUUUUCCUCAGAUAACACUUCCAGUCAAAGUGCAACUGCUGAACAAAGCAACAUCGACAAUAAGCAUUCAGAUUACUUAA